ACAGACAAGGUAAACCCAACAGACAAGGGAACGGCACAACACAAAGUGAAAAACCCAUCAGCAACAUUCAAUCUUCUCUUUACACCGAAGUCACCACUCUUUUUCCCCAUCUAUACAGUUUUAAACUAGCAAAUUUCUCAUCAAUCGAUCGAUAAACCCUCGUAAAGUUAAUCGAUUCAGAUCAAUAAUGAGUUCUCUCAGUUCACAGCAAUCAGCCAAGGUUUGAUUUGAUAUCUCUGAGCUUUUUUCUGUUAUGGAAUUCAAAAUCCUUUCAGGGUUUGGCUCUGAUUUGUGUUUCUAACCGAUAGCCAGUGUUACUAUUAUCUGCUGAUUUACAUGCUAUAAAAUCGUUAUAUAGUUUACUGGAUACUGGCUAUUUCUAGGGUUUUCACAUUCGAGUUGCAGCAUAACUGGUCUUGCUGCUUUAUUUUGAUGUAUCGAGCUCUAUCUUAUCAAAUAUCGAAGGCUAGAUAUAAAAUAACAGAGAGAUAGAUUGCAGGACCAAUAGAAUUUAACUGUCUUUCUGGUAAGGAAGAAAGAUGCAAUCUAGAAGGCAUGAUGAUGAUUAUGUGACACACUCUCCAUCAACGAAGCCACGUAAUCAACAUAGAUAUGAGGUAGGACAUGAUUCCUAUUCAAUAUCUCGUCGAGAAGCCCUGGAUCGGUCUCCUCACUUGCGGAGGAGUUUGAGUCCUCGUAGUAAGAUUGAUGGUUCUAGGAGGAUAUUACAAAGGGAAGGAAGAAGUGGUUCAAAUGAAAGGAGAGACUAUAGUUGGCAUCUUGGUUCUGGCAGGACUGAAAAUAUCUGCUCUGGUUCAUCUUCUUUUGUACAAGACCAUAGAAAACCUCACUUUGAUGAGGGUGUUGUACAUAGGAAAUAUGACUAUGAUGAUGAUAUCAAUUAUGAAGAUGGUAAAAGUAAUAGACUAAAGCAUGUUUAUGGGUAUCAUCAACAUGCUGCAGCUUCUAGAAGUAGUAAAGAGAAGGAUUACAGUGAAAGCAGGUUUAUUGUUAAUGAUAGGCAUGCAACGAUGGGGCAGAAAUCAGUGCCCAUGGAAGAUGGAAUUAUAAGAGGGUUGCAUCAAGAACCUUCAGAUUUCAUUCCUGCCCCAAGUUAUGGGAAAACUGGUGAGCAUCUACAGUUAUCAUCCCGCCGCAUGCAUAUGAACCAGUUUGAGAAUGAGAAGCUUAGGUAUCAGGAGCCUAUAUCCCCAGAUAAUAUACCAGUAAUGGAAUUGUACAAAGAAGGGGAAGGCCCCAUCCUUAGCUCAAGGGAAGAUUCAUAUACCAUGAACCCAUCUUCUCACUUGAAGGGUUUUGGGAGCUCUCAUUCUAAAGACUUUGCUGGCACAUCUUCAGGUGUUUCAAGGGGUGAGUUUCAAAGUUCUUUCAGGGAAUGUGUGCCCUUGUCUGCUUCUGAUGAAUAUCCAAGACAAAGUAUGAAACUCACGGAACCGAUGGAUUUAAACAAAUAUGGUCGAAGAUCAGCUGUAGAUUUAAGAAAUCUAGAAACUGGUAAGAAAAUUAUGACAAGUUAUCCGCAUGGUGCCUACAGCCCAAACAGAACAGAACGUGAUGAUUACCUUUACCCUAAAUCUCAGGGAUUAAUUAAUGAAGAUAUGGUGUAUCCAUCUGAUGAAUUGCACACAUUGAUCCCAUCGCGUGCUAAAUUUGAUCACGAGUUAGCUCGAGCAGAUUUUGAGUAUGGAGAAUUGUCAAGAAUGAGUAUUAUGCACCCUAUUGAAGAAAGCAUUGAUGCAACUCAGGGUUCUUUUCGGAACAGAAGAAAUAACACCUCAUGGGACCAUACCAUACGCAGGCAGGCAGCUGUGGAAGGCCUUAACUCAAGUAGAAUAUUGUAUGCACCAAAGCAAGGUGAGGAAUAUUUGGGUUCUGAAUAUUCCCGAUUUGAAUUUGGAAGGAGAGUCACACGAGAUAAUGAAACAUCUCAUUUGGGUGUCAUACGGGAUCAAGAAACCUCACAUUUGAGAUCAAAUUAUGGGUUUGGAAGAGAUGCAGGUCCUCAGUUUGAAAAAGAGAGAUUACAAGAUCCAGUUAUGUCUAUGUAUGACUUGGAGAUGCAGAAAUUUUCUGUCAAAAGGCAGAGAAUGGAAGAUUUUUCUGUGCAUGAGCAAUCUGAUAAACUGCUCAAAAGAAAUUACCAUGUGGAGGAAGAUAUAAAUAGUUGUGAUCCAAGAGCUAUUGUGUCAAGCAGAAGGUAUGCACCACUGGAGUAUAAAGAUGCGUAUGACAGUGAUGAGGAAUGGAUGGAGGAAAAUCUAAGUGCUUUACAUCCAUCCGGGACUCGGAGGUUUGACCACAAUGUAUGCAGAAAGGCUAAGAGGAUAUAUGAUGGUCAAGACCAUAAUCGAGAUUUUGCAUCUGAAGACUGGUUGUCUUCUCAUGAUUCUUUGGUACAUUCACGAAAGCAUUCUAUUAGAUAUUAUAAACCAAGUGUUAAAUAUAUGAAAGGUCAUCCAAGAUCUGGUUCUUUAAGCUGGUAUAACUCGCAACAGACUGAUAGAAGAAGUGGAAUUCAGAGAAAGCACAAAAGUUGGAAGAGAAAUGAAGAUCAUGAUGAGGAUGAGCAGGUGAAUGAUGAUGAUCCAUCAGAAGAUUGGGUGAAUAUGGAAGACUCUGAGCUAUGCGAGGAUUCUAAGGAAUUUAAGCAACUGGUUCAUGAAGCCUUUUUAGAUUAUUCUAAGAAAUUGAAUUUGAGCAUGGCGGUUCGUAGAAGAUACAAGGAACAAGGAAAAGCUGGUAGUUUGUUCUGCAUUGUAUGUGGCAGAAGCUCAUCAAAGGAUUUCAUGGACACUCAACGCUUGGUAACACAUGCUUUCAUGUCUCACAAAGUUGGAUUGAGAGCACUACACCUGGGUCUUCAUAAAGCAAUAUGCAUUUUGAUGGGCUGGAAUACUUUUGUGCCUUGUGACAUGAAAACUUGGGUUCCAGAUGUCUUGCCUGGUGCAGAAGCUUGGGCUCAGAAGGAGGAUUUAAUGAUCUGGCCUCCACUUGUUAUCAUCCACAACAUUUCUAUGUCAAAUGCCGAUCCAGAACAACAGAAAGUUAUACCUAUUGAAGGGGUUGAAUCUUUCCUUAGAGGAAAAGGUUUUGUUGGGGGAAAAAUCAAGGUAUGCUUAGGUAAACCUGCUGACCAAAGUGUUAUGCUGGUAAAGUUUUUGGGAACUUUCACUGGACUUGGAAAUGCAGAGAGACUUCAUAAAUAUUUUGCUGAGAACAAACAUGGAAGAGAGGAGUACGAGCAAAAAACAUCCAACACCAGUAAAAGCAGCAAUGACUUUGAAGCAGGAAUACUGGGAGACAAGUUGGAGGAGCGCCUGCUAUACGGGUACAUAGGAAUUGCCGACGACUUGGACAAACUCGAUUUUAACACCAAGAAGAGGGUUAUGGUGAAGAGCAAGAAGGAUAUUGAAGACUUGGAGAAUGCUCCUGUUAAAACUGAUGAUAGGUAGCCAUCUCACUGGUGCAUUUAGAGGGAGGAGGGCUCUUCCCUGCUCCAUCUAGGCACUAAAAUUUCCAAGGAUCCUCCAUUCUACCUCCUGGUAGCUCUUCUAGCUAUUGAUAAGUACUAACUAGCAAGUCAUGGAGGUUAGACGCGUUAUGGAUCAAAGAAUACAGGAAAGAACGUUUUGUUAUUGAGCUGAAAAUUCUGUGUAAAAGUUUGCUUUUAUCAUUUUCGGACUUGACAUUUGGCAGCCAGACACUACCUUAGGCAAUGUACACAGAUUUAAUAUCUAAUGUCUAUGUUAACCAA